UGCACACAAUUUAACUGUGCAAAGGCCGAUGUUGUAAGACAGUGAGAGUGGAUAAUACAUUCAAUCUAUAGACUACAACAGAUUACUCUGUGUGAGGACUCACACAUGCACACACACACUUGAAGGGCACCAAACAUCUAAAUCCAAACAAGGUAAUCAGUACUUCCUUACUGUGUGAUUAGUGCACUACAACGUACACAACGUUUAUACGAUGCAGGAUUCACUUUACUGUUUCUGAUUUGUCACUUUACUUUUUUUCUUAAGACCAUUCAAAGUCUGGCCCUCCUCCCCGGCUUGACGAGUGAGAGAGAUCAGCAGUGGUCGUGCGUGCCUCAAGAAAAAUGAACAAGAGGCAGCGGCGUUACCAAGAAGAGGCAGCAGACAGUGAUGGAGCUUUGGAACAGCAAAAACCUUGUCUGCAGCAUAGACUGUAGAUAAAGCUGGACGAAGCAUCUCUUCUUCCUCACGCCGUACAAAAAGGGCCACAUCCUUCGGAGGCUGCAUUUGAAGACCGAUUGAAUCAGGACAGCACGACGAGGAUGUCCUAUUCGAAGGCUCCUCGAAACCCGGCGGACAAAUGUAUCCUUCCAUUCCCGAGCAACAAAGGAUCCACCGGAUUGGGACGUAAAUGCAGCUCAGAGAGAGAGAGGGAGAGAGAGAGAACAGCGAACAGCGUAGAUGAGCCCCAAUGAACAGCAGCCGGGUCCUCUUUGAAACACACACACACACACACACACACACACACUACACACUACACACUACACACUACACACUCCACAUCCCAUACACACAAAUGCCAGGACACUCAGACACACAUGCAUUGAGGAGAACACCAUCAGUCCGCAAUGCCUGCCGAUGCCAGUGGCACACAGCGCCUCUCAGAGCUGUGAGCCCGGUGGCAGAGGAGCUAAUACUGCUUCCAUAGCACAAAGGAGGAGAGCCGGGGACUUCGUCUGUGUGGCGGCAGAUAAUUCAGCAGCAGUGCUGGGAGGAAAAGGAGUGAGAGAGGGGAGGGAAGGUGAGUGAAUGCAAUCCGGUCCAGUUGCUGUUGCUGCUGCCUUCGCUGCUGGAGGAGGAGGAGGAGGAGGAGGAGGAAGCUCAGAGUCUGGAGAGGCUGGAGGAGCAAACAUAUUCCUGCGAGGAUCCAGGCAGAGCAGACGGCCAGCAGCGAUCAGAGCACCUCCUGGUUUGCAGAUGUGGAAGGAACGCUGUGCGAGUUCUUGUCCUGGUUCACUGUGGUCAGCUCUCACCUGAACCGAUGACCCCACGACAAAGACAGAGUACCAAACAUUUGAACUUCUGACUGAUAAUGGUCGAUGGUAUCAGCUUUCACAGAUGAAUGCACAGUGAGUGACACGGUGUCUGGCCCAGUGAUUCAACCCCAGAUAGGAGCAAGAGGAAGCAGUGGAAAGGAAGGCCAUGGGGGUGAGACUGAAUCAGAAUGUAGGCUGGAUCCUACCUUUCCUGUUCUUGCUACUGAUGGUCACGGUGUCACCUUCGCAAAGCCAAGGUUGUCCCCAACGAUGUGAGUGCAUUGCAAAGCUAAAGACUGUGUCCUGUUUUGGUAAACGCCUGUCAGCAACACCAGACGGCAUCCCACAGGACACCAAGGUCCUGGAUCUAAGUGGGAAUAAACUCCGCUGGGUAGAACAAGGUGACCUGCUUCCUUACCCACGUCUUGAAAAGCUGGACUUGAGUGACAACAUGAUUAGUGUCCUGGAACCAAAUGCUUUUUCAAGUCUCCAGAACCUGCAGUCGCUUUCGCUGAGGGCUAACCAGCUGAAACUAGUCCCGAUGGGGGCUUUCUCACGUCUCUCCAACCUUACUUCACUGGACCUCAGUGGGAAUAAGAUUGUUAUUCUUUUGGACUUCACAUUCCAAGACCUGAAAAGUCUAAAAAACCUUGAGGUUGGAGACAAUGAUCUGGUUUAUAUCUCCAACAAGGCCUUUCUGGGUCUAGUGGGGCUGAGGGAGCUGACCAUUGAGAGGUGCAACCUGACGUCCGUGUCCGGCCAGUCUUUGUCUUACCUGCAUAGCCUGGUGACUUUGCGGCUCCGUUACCUCAGCAUCUCCACCUUAGAAGACCAGAAUUUCCGGAAGCUGGGAAACCUCAGGGGGCUUGAGAUCAGUCAUUGGCCCUUUUUGGAGCACAUUUCCCCUCACAGCCUGCAAGGUCUUAACUUGUCCUGGUUGUCUAUUACACACACCAACAUCACUUCUGUGCCGACCUCUGCCCUGCGCAGUCUGGCCCACCUCACCAGCCUCAACCUCUCCUACAACCCUAUCUCUGUGUUGGAGUCCUGGGCACUGCGGGACCUGGUUAGGCUGAAGGAGCUGCAUAUGGUCAACACUAACCUGGUAGUGGUGCAGCCAUAUGCACUGGGUGGUCUAAGGCAGAUUCGCCUCCUUAACCUCUCCUCUAACAGCCUGGUGACCCUGGAAGAUGGAGCCUUUCAAUCUGUCAACACUCUGGAGACACUGCGUUUGGACGGAAACCCUCUGGCCUGCGACUGCCGCUUGCUCUGGAUCCUUCAGCGCAGGAAGACCCUUAAUUUUGAUGGUGCAUCCCCAGUGUGUAUGACGCCUGUUGAGGUGCAAGGACGGGCUCUUAGCGCUUUCUCGGACUCAGCUCUGUUUGACCACUUUACUUGCCAGAAGCCCAAAAUCCGCAACAGGAAACUGCAGCAGAUAUCUGCCCGUGAGGGACAAGUGGUGUCAUUCAUUUGCAGAGCAGAAGGCGAGCCAGCACCUGUGAUAUUCUGGAUCUCGCCUCAGCGCCGACGCAUCACCACAAAGAGCAGUGGCCGCUUAACUGUUUUACCAGACGGCACACUCGAAAUACGGUACGCCCAGGUAACAGAUAGUGGAACUUACAUUUGCAUAGCCAGCAAUGCUGGUGGAAAUGACACCUAUUUUGCCACACUUACAGUUAGUGGCCUCCCACUAGACGCAGCCCUCAUGGCCAACCGUACUUACUAUGCCGGGGAUCUUAAUGACACAAAUCUAAACGAUACCAGAGUCUUCUUGAAGUUUACUCUGGACCUCAAGACCAUCCUCAUAUCCACAGCUAUGGGCUGUAUCAUGUUCCUUGGUGUAGUGCUGUUCUGUUUCAUCCUGUUGUUUGUGUGGAGUCGAGGAAGAGGGCAGCACAAGAAUAAUUUCUCAGUGGAAUAUUCCUUCAGAAAAGUGGAGGGACCUGCUGCCAGCGGAGGACAGGGUGGGGCACGCAAGUUCAACAUGAAAAUGAUUUGAUCAUUCCGGUCUGUUUUUCUUUUUAGUUUUCUUUCCCUGAUGCUGUUCAGUGUCCAGCUAGGGCACACUGGGACAUACAGUAGAACACACUGGAAUGAGCAUGGAACACUGGAACAUUUUAAUGAGAUGGGUUUUUAUUUUAAUUGAAAAAUGACUGGUAUGGGAAAAAAGGAUGGAUUUGAUUUACUCUAUUUCUACUGCUCUUUUUUUGUGUGUCCACGUUAAUGUGGAGAAGAGAUCUGAAUUAUAUUUAAAGAUGUCUAAAUCUAAAAUGGAUUGUUAUAUAAAAGACGAAACAACAAUAGCACUCGGAGUCCCACCAGUCUUGAACCUCUCUAAAGCUCUUGCCAACUCCAUCGUUGUUUUCUUCCCUACAAUAAUCUCUGUCCUCCUCAUCUUUAAAGGACUUCACUUCUCUACUCCACCUGUGGUGACUCGAGCCCUCAAACUCCAAACUCCAUGAAUACAUAACAGGGUGGUGCUCAAUGAUUGCCAAGGACUUGCCAAUAUGUAUUUGAAUAGUUGUAGCUAUAUACUGCAUAUUUAAACUCAUCUGAAGUCAGGACAUUGGAGCACUAUUAUGACAUAAAUAUAGAGGCCCUCUUGUCCUGAUGGCGUGUUUGUACAAAUACAUUAGAUACCAAGAAUCUAUUCUCUGCAACACUGCCAAUUUUACCGUAAAGCACCAUGUGAUAUCACUGUCCAUGCAAAGCUGUGGUAGAGAGAAGUAGCUAAUCAUUGGAUAUAAGUUGGUCAAAGAUGUUGUAAAACUAAAGUGGGACUCUACCGGUGAAGCUACAAUCAAAGGACCCAUGUGUAGUUGUUAAUCAGUACAUGCAGAUGCACACUUGCUAUUUAGUUUUCCACUGUUGUCUAUUUAGUAGACACAUUGUACAAGACUCUUGCCCUUUUUAAUCUGAGAUGAGCGUGUGCAUCGAGUUGGCUUCUUACCUUGAAUAAUGUGAAUUAUUUGUAAACUGAACAUUUACUGGGAUGAACUCAUCCCAAAGUUGAGUAGGUCACACUGUAUUAUAUAUUUUGUAAUCCUUGUUGUUGUUUAUAGUAAUGUUGGUUGAUCAGAUACUGUACUUGUACUGUUUAAGUCUCUUUUUCAAAUCAGUGAUAUUCAGUCCAGUUGCAAACAGAACUUUUAUAAUCUCGACCAUAUCGUAUCAUCAGAUAGAGAUGUGUCUGCUCACACAACAAAUCAUGAAGGGUGUUAACGUCAGGUUUCUGCUCGUCUGCCUUUUUCUGGCUGGAUAAGUGAGAGUGGGGAGGCAUGGCUGACCAGCAGGGGAUGGAGUUAAGUGCGCUCUCAUCGGGACCUCGAUCUGUUUUUAGACACGUAGAGAAAAAUGCUAAUGCGAUAUAGACCUUGCAGACUGGAACAGAGGUCACAAUGAAACUGAGCCAGAGAGGAGGGGGUGAUGAGGUAUUUCAGGAUGACACUGACACUGUAACAACAAAGGGCUGAAUGCUAGCACAUAACAUUAUGCCACAUAAGACCGGUGGGCAACAUUUGUUAAAGUUUGAACAGAUUUGUUGAAUUUGACAUUCAGCAUUAAAAUGUCAUUUGGGAUCAAGAAAUUGUCAAAUAUUCUGCCAUUACAAAUGGCAUUUCCAUAUCCCCUCACAUACAAAACAAAACUUUUCAUAGACUAACAAUACAAUUUGUAUUUGAGAAUGUAAUACGAUUUUUUUGACAUGAAGAUGUCUCAUAGUUCCUUUACUACACUACAGUAUAUAUGAAAGCAAGAAACUGGAGGCAAUUAAUCCUCUUUUCCUCACAACCAAAAACAAUCCUUCUUUUGGUUUAGAUACUCUUUAAAAUAAUCCUCUGCUGCCCUCUGUUGUCAAUAAAUUGCAUUGAAUUCCACUGUACAUUAUGAACUCAACCUGUCAGUGCAGUAGGUGUUAACUCAAUUUCCUAUAAGGCCAUUAUGAAAUUGAAGGAGGGCUGACCUGGAUCCAAUAAUCUUGAAAGUGAAAAUACAUUUAGAAUUACAACUAAUAUGACUUUCCUCACAUUGCAAAACUCUCCCCCUCUGUGUCUUAUGCCGCUUGUGAUUAAUGGUGGAAACUGGAAAAAGAAUGAAGCGUCAUUCCACGUUUACGACAUUUAGUGUUCACAUACACUUGCACAACAAAUGUCACAAACAAAAAAAUAGCAACGAACUGUGAAUAUGUUCCUGGACUGAGCUGACGUCAACUAAGCUUCCUCUCUGUGAUUAACGGUCCAGUUGUAUUUUUCCAUUUCUUGUCCUUUGAUGAAUUCAUCCUGUAGAUCUGGAAGCCAUUGUGUCUGGAAAUUGUGCUAGACUGUUUUGUAAUGUAUUGUUUUAUAAAAAAAAAAAGAAAAGAAGAAGAAGCACAUUGUUUAUAAAGCAUGCUAUAUAAUCUGCUAUGAUAAUGUCCUGUCCAAUUCUUUGGGUAGCUACUGUCUGGUCACUCGACCCUCAUGGUGGUGGCAGUCUGAGGAGUUGAUCGAGGACCUGAAUUACACCUGUGAUUUUGUGUUGCAGAUUUGAUUUUGGUCUGUUUUUCCCCAGUGUGAGGGGGGGAGGAAGGCUCAGACAAGAAGCUGCCACCAGAAAAGAAGUCACGGGAAGACGAGACGAGUAUGUGCGACAGGGGCAGAGUUGCACAUAGCUCAAGUUGGUUUAUGUUUUGGGUUUUCGUUAGUAGAAGCGUUACUGGUGACAGCUUCUUGUCCGUCUUGGAAACUUCUUCACACACCUUUUAACCAGGUGCAGCUGGAGGUGCACCGCCACCCUCACAACCAGGGUUUGUUGUGUUCUAAUUUUACAAAAAAGUCUGUUUAAUCAGAUGGAUUGAUGUUAUCUACACCACACAAGCAGACCGCUGAGAAGAAAAGGUCCUGGCAGGCUUAUUUAGGUUAAUCUUUUAUGCAUUCGUCUAAACAGUAGCAAGACAAAAACAAUUGGUACAAAAAUUAGUAAAAUUUUUGUGAAGAGAUAAAAACAAUUCACAGGA